UUGAAGAUGGAUAAGGAGGAAUGUACCCAAACAUGCAAACAAAGAGAAGAUAACAAUAAGAUUGCAUGGAGUAAAAGAAAUCGACCCACUCAAGACGAGUCUAAACUCUUUGAGAGUUGACUGUACUCUAUUUUUGUGAAAAAUUCAAAUAAGCUACCCUAAAAAGACGAUACUUAUGAUAAUCAUACAGCUUCUGGAAGGUAUUGAAAGUUUUCAUGCAAGAGGACUUCAUAGUGGACGGCUCGAAAUGAAGCACUUUGAGGUCUGAUCUACAGAAAGGAGAGACUACAUUAACCUCUCUUUCACCGCAUUCAAGCCAAUAAACAUAUUGAAUGAAAACAAUGUUUCAAGGAUAAUAACUAGUAUUAACUUUGACAGAGGCAAAGAAACCAAUUUGAGAGACGACCUUGAAUGAAUAGCUUAUCUCGCUGUCUUCUUGUUCAAGGGAACACUUCCUUGGCUAAAGUUCUGAGACAUCUCUGACAAGAGAUCUAUCAAAGAGGUAGCAAGGGAGAAGGAGACCUAUAACUGGAAAAUGUUAAGCAAAGGUCUUCCUGUUGAAAUUUCCCUACUUUUGAAAUAUCUAAACGACCUUGAUGAAUCGUAUCCCAUUUCAUAUGAUAUAUGAAAAGAAUGCUUAUACUCAGAUAUCCUCAAAAGAUAUGUUGGGAUUCCAUCAAACCGAUUUGACCUCCACUGGAGAGAGAAAGAAAGUGAAUCGUCCGAGAGCGACAAUGGAGACAGCUACGAAUUCUCCCAGGAUUCUUCUGAAUCCUUUGACCCAAUGGCUGCAAAAAUAGUUGAGCACCAAGCCAGGGAGUAUCAAAGGAAGGAGACAAAGAGUAAAGCUAACCGGACGUACAAUAUUGAAAAUGUUGAGGAAGAAAAGGAGAUUUCCAAUCACCCUAAGCAAAGACUGCCACAUGAUUGAAAGAAAUUAACGCAUGGAGAUCACUCCUUUGAUAAGCAUUUAUUGGCAAGCCCCGAUGCUAGCCAGUACAUUGAGAAAUGAAAUUAUGCAAGUGCUUUACAAGAGAUUAAGCGGGGUCCGAAGGGUGAGAAUGCAGAUACAAAUCAGCUGUUUGCUUCAAGUGCGAACAUCAAACUCGACCUGGAGCCAUUGGAAAGGAACAAAAUCAGGCACUUUAGUCCCCACCAAAGUGUUUUCCUUACACACAAGAGAACUAAAUAGCCAAUUUCUCAAUUUAUCUGCUUUUACGUCCCUUAUCAUCCAUAUUUUAUAGCGAUUUCUAUA